CAAACGCUCAUUGGUGAUUGGCCAGUUCAAUAUUACUAGUGGCAUCUACGAUUUUCGCCACUGUACAAAUUUUUAGUUAGCAAUUUCAGCAAUAAUAGUCGUCAAACCACGUUUUUUAUUGUUUAAAAAUUAAUGGUUUGAAAAAUCAGGCGACGUUUAAGCAAAGGAAGCAUUUAUCCGAUUUUAACUGUGGUAUGUACUCAUAAAUUGCAUUACUUUGUCACUUUUCUAGUGGCGCCAACUUUAUAUCGCCUUGCAGGAAAAUGUACCGUGUCGACGAAAAUCACGGCCAAGAGGUAGUAAAGAUGGAAGAAGAGGACUCUGCAAAGCCCCCAGCUUCUAAACGAGCAGCUCUUUCUACCCUCACCAACGUACAACCUCGUGUUCAGCCGUUUAGAGCCGCGAAGGCCAACCAAAUCAAGGUUGUGACAGACAAGGGUGGUUUAAAAAUUAAGAAUAACGACGAAAAUGCCCAACCCGGGAGAAAAGAAUUUCGAAAUCCGCCGUUCGCCAUUUUCCGCGAAAAUCAAGAAAUUAGAGAGACAAAACAACUUAAACGUUCAGCAUUUGGAACCAUACCAACGGACAUCAACAAAUGCAAACCAUCCCCAAUAAAGCAUGACUUGAAAUUACUGAAUCCGAUUGUUUCAGCUCUUCCUCCUGCUCUGGACAGUGAUGGUGUAGGUCAAAUUGAUCUAAAAAAAUCUGAUUUGGAUACUCCAUAUGUAGGGUGCUCGGGUCACUCUGCUAUGCUUGUUGAUGAUUCAUCUCCUUUCGCUCCACCAUCCGAAUUGAGAAGAAAUUCUUUUUCAGCUAACAAACUAAUCAGUGAUCCCACGGAACUUCGUGAAAUCUCUUUCAGGUGUGAAGACUAUGCCACAGACAUUCUACGUAAUUUAAAGCAAUCAGAAUUAUCACAUUCUCCUAGACCCGAUUACUUAACUAAACAACCAGACAUAACAAAUAACAUGAGAUUGAUUUUAGUCGAUUGGCUUGUUGAAGUUGCCGAAGAGUACAAAAUGAAGCGCGAAACUUUGUGUUUGGCUGUUAACUAUGUGGACAGGUUCCUCUCCGUUAUGUCAGUUUUCCGCUCAAAAUUGCAAUUGGUUGGCGCUGCCGCUAUGUUUAUAGCGUCAAAGUAUGAAGAAAUCUACCCCCCAGACGUGAACGAAUUUGUCUAUAUUACGGAUGAUACCUACACGAAAAAUCAGGUGUUAAAAAUGGAGCAGUUGAUUCUCAAGACGCUUAUGUUUGAAUUGGUUUCACCUACGAGUAAUUUGUUUGCCGAAAUAUUUUGUUGCCGACUUCGAAUUAAACACAGAGCUCAUUCGUUAGUCAUGUAUUUUGUUGAAAUGGCUGAGUUGGAUGCCGAAUCGUUUCUUCAAUAUAAAAUGAGUCAUAUAGCUGCCUCAAGUGUGUUUUUAUCAGGAAUUAUCUUGGAUCAAUUGGAGUCCAUGAACGAUUUUGAGCACGUGACAGGAUAUACUCGCGCGGAAUUGAGGCAAUGCAUGGGCGAUUUAUACAAAGCUAUGUGUAUAAAUGGGCAUUUGGUUCAGAAAGCGGUCUUCGACAAAUUCCACGCGAUAGCGAAAAUCACUCCACCGCCGAGUUUAUUUGGUCUAGAGAGGGAGAAAAUACUAGGAGAAUUAAAAAAAUAA